AUGCAAUCAACGACGACCUUAGAUCUAGAAGGAUCUACCGGCAGGUCGUCUGGCUGCUGCGGAGAUGGCGACCACCGAGGGACUGAAGAUGAUGAUGACCGAUCAGAACGCGCGAGAUCCUGCCAAUUGUCUCUUUCUCUGGAGGAUCGCGAGCUCUGGACUAGGUUUCAGACUAUCACCAAUGAGAUGAUUGUUACCAAAAAUGGAAGACGGAUGUUUCCAGUUGUAAAAGUUGUUGCGAGAGGUUUAGAACCGGCGGCGAUGUAUACCUUGCUUCUGGAAUUUGUACAGAUUGAUCCUCACAGAUGGAAAUAUGUAAAUGGUGAAUGGGUACCAGGUGGUAAAGCUGAAGUAGCACCACCAAAUCCAAUCUAUAUCCAUCCAGAGAGUCCGAAUUUCGGCGCCCAUUGGAUGAAAGAAGCAAUAUCAUUCGCAAAAGUUAAGCUCACUAACAAGUCAAACGGCAAUGGCCAGAUAAUGUUGAAUUCUUUGCACAAAUACGAGCCCCGAGUGCAUUUAGUUCGCGUCGGUGCUGAAGAACAGCGAACGGUUCUGACCUAUAGAUUUCCUGAAACACAAUUUAUUGCUGUAACUGCGUAUCAAAAUGAAGAAGUUACAGGGUUGAAAAUAAAAUACAAUCCCUUUGCCAAGGCAUUUUUGGACGCUAAAGAACGACCGACAGAUCAACAAACAUAUCCUCAAUACACAAGCGCUUGGUUUUUGCCUCAACCGGCAAUGACCUAUGAAUACGCUCCACCGUCGGCGAUAGCAAUGACUCAAAGUCAAGUAUCUAAUUCAUCGUGUAAUCUGUCAAAUACUUGUACAGUCUCACCAGGAAGUCAUAAAACAUACGUAACAAGUAAUUGGUCACCCCGAAGUCCUGAGCCUUUACCAGCAUUGAAUUCAUCAUUGCCACAAGAAUGGCCAGCGUCACCUCUACCAUCACCUACUUCCUCGUCACCGGUGCCUUACACCCACCUGUCUCCACUCGGAAGACCGGGCAAUUCAUCAACGGUACCCACGACCUGCACAUUUUACAUUCCCCAAGCUUGCAACACAACCCACGAACACGAAUCGUCGAAUUGGCUGCAUCCUGGGAUGUCCGACCAAGUGACCCAGCAGCAGCAACAGCAGCAGUCUUACUUGAACCUGAACCUCCACCUGCAUCACCAGUUACCGACUUACUCUCCUCGCGGAACUACUCUUCAGGUUCUCCAGCAAGCCAAUGACAUCACGCAGCAUUCGACCGGACAGGAGCACGCGUACGACCAUCAGGGAUAUCAUCAGUCUCCAGAUCAGACUCACCCUGAUCAAACUCAUCUGCUGGAAUUGCACUCUCAAAGCGAACCGACUUCGGCUAUUUCUGGCGAUCAAUAUGACCCCAAGACUCACAAUCAGAAUCAUAGUCAUAAUCAUGAUCUAACUGGCUAUCAGGAUAAUCAAGACAAUGACUCACGAGUGAGCGAAGCCAGACGCUAUGUUACCAGUGUAAUUGAUCAUCGACACUCGGUAGUUUCUCCAGCAGCUGCUUCUGCGACUGCUGUCAGCAAUCAAAGAGAUCCAGGGGAUGGAGAUAAUCAAACUUGGACUCCGCUAACUCCAUCCCCGGUCACACAAAACUCCAGUAUUUGA